CGUUCUACUGAAAAUCUUGUGCUCGCCGCCGGUGACAGCGACCAAAGUCCUCGAGCAGGCAAAUCCCCACAUCCCCUCCCCUCUGACCAUGCGGAAGCAACUCGAUCCCCGCAUCCCCAUUCUCAUCAACAACAAUGUCAAGAAGAACCAUCGCUCGUUCAUAGUUCUUGUUGGGGACAAGGGCAGGGACCAGAUUGUCAACCUCCACUUUUUGCUAUCCCAAGCACGUGUAUCUGCUAGACCCAAUGUACUAUGGUGUUACAAAAAGGAGCUCGGCUUCACGACUCACCGCAAGAAGCGCGAGGCCAAAAUCAAAAGGGACGUCAAGCGGGGGAUCAGGGAGGCAAACGAUCAGGAUCCAUUUGAGAUCUUUGUCACCGUCACGGACAUCCGCUACACGUACUAUAAAGAGUCCCACAAAAUCCUCGGAAACACGUAUGGAAUGUGUAUCCUACAAGACUUCGAGGCUAUCACGCCCAAUCUGCUCGCACGAACGAUAGAGACAGUGGAGGGAGGAGGGUUGGUCGUUUUGCUGCUCAAGACCAUGACGUCCCUGCGUCAGCUAUAUACCAUGACCAUGGAUGUCCACUCUCGGUACCGCACCUCCUCGCACGACGCCAUCGUCGCUCGCUUCAACGAGCGUUUCAUCCUCUCCCUCGGCUCAUGCACAGACUGCAUCGUACUCGACGACGAAUUGAACGUGCUCCCCAUAUCACGUGGGAAGGACAUCACCCCCAUCGAAGAGGAGCGCGGGAAGGGCAAGGCCGACUCAGAGCUCAAGGAGCUUAAGGAGUCGCUCGCGGACAGCAAACCUAUCGGCGAGCUCGUCAAGCUCUCCAAGACGCUCGACCAGGCAAAGGCGAUCCUGACGUUCGUGGAGGCCAUCGCGGAGAAGACACUCUCGUCGACGGUCACGCUCACUGCCGCGCGUGGGCGGGGUAAGUCGGCGGCACUGGGUCUGGCCAUCGCAGCGGCGCUCGCCCACGGAUAUUCGAAUAUCUUCGUGACGAGUCCGAGUCCGGAGAAUCUGAAGACGUUGUUUGAGUUCAUCUUCAAGGGUAUGGACGCGCUGGGGUAUGAGGAGCACCUGGAUUACGAUAUUGCGCAGAGCACGAAUCCGGACUUCAACAAGGCAAUCGUGCGGGUUAACAUAUUCCGACAGCACCGACAGACCAUUCAGUACAUCCAACCUGAAGACGCCCAUGUGUUGGGCCAGGCCGAGCUCGUCAUCAUCGACGAGGCGGCCGCCAUCCCUCUUCCACUCGUGCGCAACCUCAUCGGACCAUACCUCGUGUUCAUGGCAUCCACAAUCAACGGCUACGAAGGCACAGGUCGCUCACUCUCCCUUAAACUCAUCCAACAACUGCGCGAGUCCACACGCCCAUCACUCACCAAGGAGCCCAACACUGCUGAGACCGCAGCAGCGACCGGCUCCACAUCCAAAAAGCCCGCGACGGAAGGCGCGACCGCCCGCGCGCGCACGUUGCGCGAGAUCAAGCUCGAGACGCCCAUCCGGUACGCGACAGGCGACAAGAUCGAAAAGUGGCUCAACUCGCUGUUAUGCCUCGACGCCACCAUCGCGCCCAAGGCGAGCCUGCAGGGGUGCCCGCACCCGUCCGCGUGCGAGCUGUUCUACGUCUCGCGCGACACGCUGUUCAGCUUCCACCCCGCGAGCGAGGCCUUCCUCCAGCGGCUCAUGGCGCUGUACGUCGCGUCACACUACAAGAACCAGCCGAACGACCUGCAGCUGCUCUCGGACGCGCCCGCGCACCACCUGUUCGUGCUGCUGCCCCCGAUCAAGGACGACGAGACGCACCUGCCGGAGCCGCUCGUAGUGCUGCAGGUCGCGCUCGAGGGCAACAUCAGCAAGGGCGCGAUCAUGGAGGGCCUCAGCCGCGGGAUGCGCGCGGGCGGGGAUAUGAUCGCGUGGCUGGUGGCGCAGCAGUUCCAGGAGAACCGGUUUGCGCAGCUGAGCGGGGCGAGGGUGGUGAGGAUUGCGACGCACCCGGAUUAUUCGAAUAUGGGGUACGGGAGCAAGGCGCUUAAGGCGCUCAAUGCGUUCUAUUCGGGAGAGUACUUUAGCUUGGACGAGAAGACGCGGAGGGAGCCGCAGUAUCCGGACGCUGCUGCAGUUGACUCAAACAUGGACCUGCUUACGGAUCUCCCUCAAAUACGCGCUGCGACGGCUAUGCCACCGCUGCUGCAACGAUUGUCAGAGCGCAAACCGGAGACGCUCGACUACUUGGGUGUGUCGUAUGGGCUGACUCCGCAGCUUCUGAAGUUCUGGAAGCGGGCCGGCUACGUCCCUCUGUACGUACGGCAAACGCAGAGCGAGCUAACAGGCGAGCACACAUGCCUUAUGGUCCGUGGGCUGAACAGCGCGUCGGAGGGUGAGCUGGAUUGGAUGAAUGAGUUUGCCAAAGACUUCCGAAGACGCUUCCUCACACUCCUCUCUUUCGCCUUCCGCACUUUCAACGCCUCUACCGCCCUCUCCGUCAUCGACGCCGCCUCCGCCCCCCUCGCUCCCUCCGACGCUUCCCCAAACCGUCUACUCGCCGCACCCGAACUGGGGAUAUUGAUGUCCCCAUUCGAUCUCAAACGCCUCGAAGCCUACGCAAACAACACGCUCGACUACCACGUCGUCUUGGACCUCCUCCCCGCUGUCUGCUCGCUGUACUUCGAGCGCCGCCUCGGCGAGGACGUCAAGCUCAGCGCGGCGCAGUCCGCGAUCCUCGUCGCGCUCGGCGCGCAGCGCAAGACGGUCGAGGAGGUCGAGAAGGAGCUCGGGUUGCCCGUUUCGCAGGCGCUCGCGCUGUUUGCGAAGACGGUUAGGAAGAUCAGUAAAAAGCUGAAUGAUAUUCAGAAGGAGGCGGUUGGUGCGGAUAUUCCUGUCGCUCCCACGACGUCUGCCUCUGGGCUAGCAACGUCGAGGGUGGACGGGAAGGAGGGUGAUGCGACGGAUUGGAAGCCAGUGCCGAUGAGUGUGGCGGAGGAGCUGGACGAGGCUGGGGACGAGGCGACGCGGGCGCUGAAGGAGAAGCAGAGAGCGAUGAUCGAUGCGCUAGAUAUGAGCAAGUACGCGAUCAACGACGCGAGCAAGGACUGGUCUAGCGCUGAAGCGCAGGUGGGGCGGAUAGUGAAGGGCGCGGUGGGUGCGUCGGUUGUGAGCGUGAAGAGCGCUGCCGCUUCGGGUGGCCAGAAACGAAAAGCGGACGGCGAUGGCGGGGACGGUGCUGGCGGUGGGGAGGGGAAGAAGGGCACGAGGAGGGGAAAAAAGACGAAGCGGUGACGAUGGCGACGAUAUCUGGUAUAGGGUUGUUGGUUAGUUCUCGGCUCCGUUUUCUCUUUAGGCUGUCUUACUGCUUUGUGCAAUUGACGUUUUGGCAUGCGUCUCUUGAACCAUGGUACCUCUUUCUGGGAACUCAUACGUUGGUCGGACACGAGGUGACACGCGCACUUUUCCGACGCCAUUGUCUGUUCCCCGUCAGAGGACCAGGUGCUGCGCAUGCAUCCUAUGAUCGCG